UUAGACAUUAUUAGAAUACCUUAGAGAACUUAGUAUGCUCUUUGACUAGUUCACUUUCUCACCUGCUACAAGGUCUCAAGCCUUAUAACGCCAGGGGGAUGGCUUCAAUGUUCCAAGGUUCUCAUGCGCUCACAGUUACAUAACUUGGUGAACACACCGCGCAAUGACGAAGCUUCAGGGAGGAAAUCGUAUGACCAAUGAGGAAGCACCCAGCGCCCCGUCAUUUGAUUGGACAACCCGGAAUUGGAUGGAAGAGGAAUCAUUUUCCCGCAUCGUGGGCCGAGAGGCUCGUGCUAUAUUCAUCGCUCUGGAGGUCCUCGGGGACCCUAGCAUACGCCUCACUGAGUUUAGAUUGGAUGCCUCUCUUGAGGUAUGCGAGGAAUCAUACCAGCCUGGUCUUCCGAUCCUACUCUUCGACAGCAAUGAGUCGCCGUUCCCGCCACAACUCAUCUCUUCUUUCUCCAGCUGCAACUUGACCAAGUUCCACCUCGUUUUGAGCAACUAUUGCGAUGCAGGUACUGGUGAGUAUCUAGGCGAGGUCUCAUUGGAUCAUGGGAACGUCGCUGCUAUUCUUGCCUCUAUGCCACAAUUGGAAGAUCUUCUUCUCGAGCUUCAUGACAUGUCCAUCUUUUCUGCAAUUCCGAACAUCGAAUUCAGCCGACUUUGAUGCGUCGAGUUCAGCUGCGGCGAGAUAGAUCCUCAGAAACUCGUCAGUUUCAUUGAGCGCCAGGCCGCGACCCUCAAGUUUCUUAAUGUCCAAUACUGCUGUAUCGAUCCGGAUGUAUUUGACGGAACUUGGGAGGAUGUCAUGCGAGGUAUCCGCCGAAUGCAAGAUGCAGAGACUUUGAAGAUUUAUGAUGGGCUGGUGAGCGGUGUUUAUGACAACGCGCCCUGUCAAGGUUGUGGGAAGAACAAUACCCUCGAUGUUGAAUACACAGGUUGUCUGGUUCGUAGUUGGGAGUUUAUGUGCUUUUCUAUGUGGAGACAGUACCAUGACUGCCCAUGGGACUUGCCGAGUGACGAUGAGGACGGAGGUGAUGAGGGCGGAGGUGAUGAGGGCGGAGGUGAUGAGGGCGGAGGUGAUGAGGGCGGAGGUG